GUACCAUACGGUCACCGUUGUUUGCUCUGUGUGUUGCGCGCGCUUGGUGCCGGAGCGCUCUCUGGGGCCCCACGGGCCCCGUUCGGGCAGUUUCGUUCAUCUUGGGCGGCUCUCGCGACGCCACAAAAUUGGGACACCACACAGUCCCACAUUCUCGGAGGUUUCCCGGCGGCGGGCGGAAGGCAGCGGGUUGCGUGUAUCUGUGCGAGAUCAUCUAUAUCCCCGAGCAUCGGCCGAGUAAACACAGGCCACAGAAACGCCACACACAGCGCGGCCAGACCACGUACACUUUUACUCUCGCACGCGCGCACACAGCGACACCCUGCCGAUGUAUGCGAUGCGGCCAACCAACCAGCGGACCAGUGGUGGAGCAACGACUGGGGCGGGUGGGGGGUUGGAAAAUUGGUUCGCAACGAUGGAAAAAAAAACCCUCUCGCCGUUGGUGCGGGACCACCACUAGGGGGCCGCCCUGGCCACGUUGGUCAGUUGCCGUUCGAGCGCGCGUUCGCGAUCGCGUGAAAGUCCGCAUCUCGCGCGCACGUAUAUCGUGAAUUUAUAUUUAUUUUAUUUAUUUUUUGCCAAAACCAUCCCGCCUCGCCCCGCGCAUUGAUAACAAAUCAGAUAUAAUGCCAAAGACAGAUAAUUGUGUUUAGCAGUGUAAAUAGUGUCAGUGCAGUGUGCCGAACAGUUGACAGAAACAAGUGCAGUGGAAAACCAUACAAAAAUCCCACACACACCACACAUCGUUCACACUAUCAGCAAUCCCGCGCCAUGCGGCUACCUGCGGGAAAAUGGCCCGCCGUAUGAAACUGCCGCCGACUGCUGGUGACGGAAGCUCUUGGACUUGGAGUUGGGCUGCGGCGACAAGCCGCCAGCCGUGUGUGAUUGUGUUGUGCGGUGCGGCCGGACCGACGAACCCUUGUCAAUCCGUCCCCCGGCCCGUAGUAGUGUUUUGACGGAGAGGGCACCCGCUUUCGUUUCGACACGCGCUUCCUUCGGCCCCAGGAUGAUCUUCACCGGUGCCCACGGCCGGCGGCGUGCAGGCAAUGGGCAGAGUAACAGCCAGCGGAACGUGCGCGGCUCCCGCAGCAACGCGCAGGAGCAAUCGCGCGGCCGCAAUCAGUCCCAGCGGCCGUACCUGUCGCGCGACCAGCAGCAGCUCUCGCUCCAGUCUGUCCUCUCGUCGACCUCCUCGUCGUCCGCAUCGAGCUACUACUCGGCGUACAGCGAGCACCAGCCGCUGGUGCGCACGUCCUCCUCCUCCUCAGUGGCAACCGUCGCACCGCUUCUUCCGCUCGGCUCUAGCGCCGGCAGCCAAACAGCGCAGCAACAGCAGCAGCAACAGCAACAAUCACAAUCUAUACAACAGCAGCAGCAGCAGCAACAGCAGCAGCAACAGUUCGUCCAGAAGACCAAAGCUCGGGACAUUACCAAGCGCCGUGGUGCCAUCAAACAUCAAAGAACGCACGAGAUCAAUGGGCACAAGUUCGUCGCCAAGUUCUUCCGCCAGCCAACCUUCUGCGCAUUCUGCAAGGAGUUCCUGUGGGGCUUCGGCAAGCAGGGCUACCAGUGUAAGACGUGUCAAACCGCGGUACACAAGAAGUGUCACGAUAAGUUGCUUGGAACCUGCUCCGAAUCUAGUUUUAAUUCCGAAAGUACAAUUUAUUUAAGGGAACGGUUCAAAAUAGACUUACCGCAUCGCUUUAGAGUUUACACCUUUAUGUCGCCGACCUUUUGCGACCACUGCGGCUCGCUGCUGUACGGCUUCUUUCGCCAGGGGCUGAAAUGCGAAGACUGCGACGUUAACUGUCACAAGAAGUGCGAAAAGCUGGCCGCGAACCUGUGCGGCGUCAACCAGAAGCUGAUCGUCGAGGCGCUCUCGUCCGUCCGCCGAGGUUCGUCCAGCACGGCCCAGCACACUGGGCUGUGGCCUACCCUUCUGGCGCUAGAGCCUCCACCCCUCCUACCCCGCUUGUUUGGAUCCGUGGAUCGUGAAGAGUCAGGCGUCUCAAAAGGGAUUGGGAGCCCGGGUUUCUGGGGGCAGGUCGCACGAUCUCACCGUCGGCCGGACUUUGAACCGUCUGGAUGCGUCCAAAACAUACCCUGUCCGCGUGUGUGUGUGUGUGUGUUUCUCUGUGUGUGUUUAACCACAGUUUUUCACCUGCUGCACGGGCUGGUUUUUCCUGCACAGGCGCGCGACGCGCACGAAGCCGAAGAAAAACACCCACACGGAGUGCGGCGAGGGAGAAAAUAACGACGGUACGACGCAAUAUUGGAUGCGCCGUGUGUCCCGCCUUUGACGUUCGCGAGCUUCGUGCCCGCCAUAUAUUUCACUUCCUCGGUUUUUGUGCCUCCCCUUCUCCCUCCCACCUUUGCAGACAUCGGAUUUACAGGGCGAAAUUCUAAGAAAAUUUGUCUUUUUUUUAUUUUUUAUUUCUUGUGGGACAAAACUGUCUCGCGGCAAAAUCGUUCGAACAGUUGACACGACCCAGACCCAGCAAUUGGGUGCAAAUGAGGUGUACAUAUUUAUCACACCCCAUCCCCUGCCCCCGAAAACCGACAUGUCAAACCAGGCAGAAGAAAGACUCGGAAAAGACGCACACAUCCACAAAAAAAGGUUUAUGAUCUCACAAGCAACGAUAGGGAAAAACCAAAAACACAACACAAGCAAUUAACCAAAAAAAAAUGCAUGCAGAUAUCAGCACCCAACCCGUUUGGGGUUAAUGGUCUAGGACGCCCCGCCAGCGUGUCAGCGAAUGGCGUCCUUUUUUUGUAUUGAGUUUCGAACCGAGGCGCGUCCGGCUUGCAACGGCUCUGAACACCCGCUGCCUAGGUGGUGGGUGGUGGCCGCGGGUGGCGGCAUCCUAGCAACACUCCACUUCCACCACCCAACCCAUAGCGCAAUGCUUUCGUUCGCGCGUAAUCGCGUCAUCGCGCUGGCCACUAAUUUCGCUGCAGCGUGUCGCGUUUAAGUAGCAUUUGUUUUGUUUUUUUUUUAUUUCAAUCGUUUUUUUCUGCUUCUUUGCUCCAUCCUUCCUGUCCCCGUCUGUACCACUGCUUGUCUGUAUCGGUAUCUUGUGGUUGUAAAAAUGAUUGUAAAAAGAAAAGAAAAACAAAACAUUGCGCGCGCGCGCGCGCGCUCUCGAACAGGACGCGCAAUAGGGCGAUGCAGACACCGAACCAAGCGGUGGCAAGGGAUGGGGAGGGGAAGUAGACCGGCCCAAUCAGUCCCGGGGAUUGGCAGUAGCACACACACACACACACACACACACACACACACACACACCCAGGGACACUAUAGGUGUGCUCGACCUUUAUGCUUGCGGCAAGUCGAGCGCGCGCGCAAGACCGCUCGGACACCAGCUUCUCCCCCGACAUAAAGGGGAGGUGCUAGUGGAAGGUAAAAAUAAUGCCAAGCAAAUUCGGACACUUGAGAAGAAGAAAAAAGCACAAACACUCACACACACACACAGGCCAGACACAGACGAUGUGGGAAAAUCUGAAAAUUACACCAUCGCAAAAUCGAUCGGGAACGACUUUUUGUUUUCGUCUUCUCGUGUUUUUUUUUGUGUGCAAUCGCCGUCUGCAAAACCUAGACGGGAAACGUUGUCACGAAAAGUAAACUCCUGAUUAACGAUUCAGCAUCGCCGUACCGAAUUUGUGGAAUAUUUGCCAACAAAAACCGCCCCGCCGUGCUCGCGAAAGCGAAAAACUAACUCGCUCGCCGCACAAACAAACACACAGCCGCAGCGGGCAAAGCGUAGUUUGACGCCUUUACACCCCUACACAACCCCCCCCCCACCCUUGUGGAAUGCGGAAUGAAAUUGGUGUGUGUGUGUGUGUGUGUGUGUGUGUGUGUGUGUGUGUGUGUGUGUGUGUGUGCCGCAUCGUGCGAGUGUGUGCCAAGCCGAAUGAAUUCUUGUGCGAAAGCAAGAGAUGCUGUAUGACGGGGGUGCGGUUUUCUGGGGAGGACAGAGGACAGUGGACAGAGGGGAAUGAUCACGGGAAAAGUCGACGCAAGAAACAAGACAUACACACACACACACGCACAGAGAAAAAUACACGGUUAAAGAAAACGUACGGCAUGGUGGCGUACGUAAGUCUCGCACGGUGAGAAGAAAGAAAAACUCCGCUGGGCGUACUACUAGGAGAGCGCACUGUUCUCCCCCCCCCCCCCCUCCCUUCCCAAAGGCCUCGAGGACUCUUCACAUCCCCACGGAUCCACAACAGGCCGCUCGGAGGCUCCAGCUCCAGACGUCCGGGAGCUCCAGCCCUUACGACAGCCCUUAUUUUUUCUCUCUCCAAAAAU